CAAUUUCCCUGCUUUUCUUCCUAGCUUUGUACAAGAGGGCGAGUCCACAUCUUCAAAUGGCUGGAAAUGACAGCGGCAAAGGAGGACAAGAAGAGAGGUGUAUUAUCCGAAGCCGAAUUCCGAAAACUAAGGAAGCCUUCGUCUGCUACAGAUUUCAGAUUUGUCAAUGGGUUCUUUGACCCACGCCACAAGCGCAGUACGAUGGAUAGUGGGUACAGCACAAGUGAGAAUGGUGACCAGAGAUGGUCACAGGAGAGUCAGGAGAGCCUAGAGUAUGAAGAUUCACGAAAGCUAGCGGUAAUGGCUGCCACCUGUACAAAAGAGCAAAGGCAGGAGAGGGGCAGGAGUGGCCCUCCAUCCCGAUCAGUCAAUGGAUUACCUAAUGGGGGCAUGAACACUGGGGUUAAUGGGUCGCAGGGAAUGAAUGGCUCAGGUUAUGGGGCACAACACAGCACAGACCAUCCUACAAGUGGCUUGUCAACACCAAGUACACUAAGUCCUGGUGAUGGAUUCAAUUUAGAAGAUGAAUUCAACAAGGCAUUGAAACUGAAACAGGACUAUGAAAAUGUUUAUGGCAGUGAUCAUUCCCUGUGAAAGAAAG